AUGACCAGUAGAACAAGGUGCAAUUGUUUCGGUACCAGUGGGUCCGGCUUGCGUUUUGAACAACAAGAUUGGCUAGGUGGCUGCUCAGGACAAACAAUUGUGGCCCUGCAAGCACGGCAGCAGGAUGGGCUGAGUGAAGAAUGGAUAGACAUCAAGGGCAGCAAGGCCAAGUUUGGUGCCAAGACACCGUUCCAAGUGGCCUUAGCAGGGGCGCCGGACCUGGCAGCUUCUUGGCUCUACGGUGAUGAGCCAGGCCCAUGUCAAGUGGCAUGUGUGCGCACAGAGCCUUUGCUUCAGGAGCUGGAAGAACCCAAUUCACCCAUGCAAGUCUACAAGUUUUCUUUGCCGGCACUGGACUUGAUGGGGCUUGGGCGGGCCACCUCAUCGAUCAACCUCUUCGGCGCCAUUCGCGGUGCCGAGUGCAUCAGGUAUUUGGAGAUUGGCACUUUUGGGAACCCCCAGGCGAAUAUCCGCUUCGCUACUGGCAUGGAUCUCGCACUCCCGGUCUUCUCCUUGAAUGUCACGGGUGAGUUGCGGAUCAUGAAAGAUGGUUUCUCAGAGAAGAGGUCUUCCGCCACGGGCUGGGUGGCCAUCGAAGUCCAGGGGGAGGUGCCGAGCCUUGCUGGCAUCACCUUGCCAGAGGAGGUGCUCCGUGGCGCCGCUCGCGAAGCUUGCCGGCAGACCUGUGCCUACGCAUCCCGGAAGCUCGAACAAGAAUUGUCGGAAGAUUUUGCGCGGUGGCGUGCUGAGAAAGUCAGGAGGGAACGCCGGCGUGUUACAGCCUAG